AUCAAGCACCUAGGCAUGCAGACUGCUUCUACAAACAUUUGUGGAAGAAUAUGUUUCUCUCAGGAGCUCAGUGAAUUCAAGUGUGGUACCAUGAUAGGUUGCCACCUGUGCAAUAAGUUCAUCCUUGACAUUUCCUUGCUACUAAAUAUUCCACGGUCAGCUGUUAGUGGUAUUGUAACAAAGCGGAAGCAACUGGGAACAACAGCAACUCAGCCACUAAGUGGUAGGCCACGUAAAAUGACAGAACGAGGUCAGUGUAUGCUGAAGCACACAGUGUGCAGAAGUCACCAACUGUCUGCAGAGUCAAUAGCUAAUGACCUCCAAACUUUGCUUGGCCUUCAGAUUAGCACAACAGUGUGUAGAGAGCUUCAUGGAAUGGGUUUCCAUGGCCGAGCAGCUGCAUCCAAGCCUUACAUCACCAAGUGCAAUGCAAAGCGUUGGAUGCAGUGGUAUAAAACACUCCACCACUGGACUCUACAGCAGUGGUUGCCUGACUGCAUUGUGCCAAGUGUAAAGUUU